AUGGAAUAUCAAUUUGUUCGAGUUGAUCCGUCGGACCCCAACUUGCCAUCGCUAGCAGCCCAAUACAAAAGGCUGCGCCUUGAAGCGCUCAAGCAGUCUCCUCAUUCCUUUUCUUCAACGUACGAGACCGAGUCUCAAUUUCCCGACGACGUCUGGGUUUCACGCCUUCAAUACCCGAGAAAGGAAACGUUUGUAUGCGUAGCUACCUUAGAGGGCGAAAGCGAAUGGGUUGCCCAGGUUACCUUGCGCGGGCCUCUCUCCGCCGAGGAAUUCCACCUUUCAGAGUCGGGACAGCCGCCGGCAGCGCCGGAUGAAGAAGAGGAGAAAGGGCAGAUGCUCAGUUUGUACAAUCUGCCGAGCCAUAGGGGAAAGGGCCUCGGUAAGCGACUCUGCAAGGCAGCGUGCGCCUUUGUCGUCUCGCGUGGUGGGGUGGCCCCGACGAUUACAGUCCGGUGCAUGGUGAAGCCUGACAACUUGGCCACACUUGGCAUGUACCAGUCACUGGGGUUUGAGCGAACAGGGUUUUGCACGCUAGAGGAGGCUCUAAGAGCAAAUGGUGAUGCCGACAUGAUACCUGAGGGGGUGUUGGAAAAGAAAUUUACUACAAGGACGGGAAUUACGUUGGCACUGCACCUAGGCAGAGAAAACUAG